CCCCCCCCCGCCCCUCCGAGCAGCGGCCGGAGCCUGGGAGCCUGCGAGCCUGCGCGGCGCGGCGGGCGGGCCGAGCGGGGAGAUGAACACGGUGCUGUCCCGAGCCAACUCGCUCUUCGCCUUCUCUUUGAGCGUGAUGGCGGCGCUCACCUUCGGCUGCUUCAUCACCACCGCCUUCAAGGAGCGGAGCGUGCCCGUCAGCAUCGCCGUGUCCCGGGUCACGCUAAAAAAUGUAGAAGAUUUCACUGGACCUAGAGAAAGAAGUGAUCUGGGAUUCGUCACAUUUGACAUUACUGCAGAUCUGCAGAGUAUAUUUGACUGGAAUGUUAAACAAUUGUUUCUAUAUUUGUCUGCAGAAUAUUCAACAAAAAACAAUGCUCUAAACCAGGUGGUUCUUUGGGACAAGAUCAUGUUGAGAGGAGAUAACCCAAGGUUGUUCUUAAAAGACAUGAAGUCAAAGUACUUUUUUUUUGAUGAUGGAAAUGGUCUCAAGGGAAACAGGAACGUGACUUUGACUCUCUCCUGGAAUGUUGUACCAAACGCUGGCAUUCUACCUCUUGUAACAGGAUCAGGACAUGUGUCUGUACCUUUCCCAGAUACCUAUGAAACAACAAAAAGUUAUUAAAUUAUAAUUCUGAAUCCUAAGCAAGAUAUUUUUAUACUUGUAUAUUGUGAAUAAAUUUUAUUGCAGUUUCUUCUCACAUCCCAUGCAACCAUUCAGUGAAAGGUACUUAAUUUCCUCAGGUCUAACAGCAUAGGAAAAGGAAAUGAAAGUUCAGGGUUUUUUUUUAAUAAAACAUUGAAGCUGAAACUUAAGGAAAGGUAAAUUGCAGAGUAAUGGUUUGGGGGGGGGAAACUGAGGAGGGUUUUUUUCUUUUUCUUUCUCCUGGCCAUCUGGGUAUAGAUCUCCUUUUCUUUUAAAUAAACGUUUUUAAACCAGAA